UGUUUCAUGCUUGUACUAUGAAGGAACCAGCCGAAUGAAGUCUCAUUCUGCGCUGCCAUGAGGACAAAGGUCCUCUCUCGAUCAGCCGAAUGAAGUCUCAUUCUGCGCUGCCAUGAGGACAAAGGUCCUCUCUCGGGAAUCACUGCAAGGCAGUGACCCGUCGCCAAACCGCCUGCUGCUAGUUUUGCUUUUACUCUCUAUUCUCCUUUUCACCUAUGGGGAAGCCUGGAAACUGGAGACAUAUGUAAAAUAUUUACUAGAUCCUAAUGAUAGGAUGUGUAUGUGGAGUGAUUGGGGCCCUUAUAUUAAUCAUGGGAUGAGGGGACUUUGCCAGAGGAAAUUGAUAGGGGGUUUUCAAUCACCUUGUAUUGGGUUCAUUUAUAAUCAGAAAUAUUAUUCUGUAAGUCAUCUUACUAGUACUAGAUAUACUGCAUGGAAAGUUCCUUGGAAAUUAGUCAAAGAUAUGUUUAGAUGUUGCCCCUGGCCAAGAUAUUGCAAUGCAUUGUGUCCUAAGUUUAUGACUAAUCCUAAAGGUUGCCAUUGUGAAGUGUACAAUGGAUUAGAAGACAACCUGUACCCUAAUGUGUAUAAAUAAAUUGUAAAACUCUGACUGCGUCAAUAUGAACACAACAACAUUGUAAAGCUUCUUAAAAAAGUUAUCAUGACCCUAAGAACCUGGUGAACUUUACACAAGAAUUGUAAUAAGAUAAAUGACCCUGUUUGUGACAUUGUUAAAGAUUUCUUUUCAUUGUAUCUACCUUAUGUAAACUGAGGAAAUAACCUUUGAGGAACUUUCUGUGAACUUUGUACCUUCCCCUUUCCCUGAAAAUAAUCAUGUUAGACUAUAUAUGUCGGUACACUCAUGCCUGCCUCAUGCCUAUCAUGUAGAAUUAGUUAUCCCCCACCUGUUAAGACUCCGGUCCCCAAGUGAUAAAUAACUCCUUCGCUACCUACAAUAAAGGCUGAUGUGCAGAAACUGAAGUGUGACUUCCUUCGCCGACGUCCACCCAUCCCAUCAGGAACCCUGACUGCUGGAGCUGGUCUCCGGCAAGUGGCGCCCGAACAGGGACCUGAAUUGGGACAUGAUGAUCUUAAUAAUAUGCAACGACACUGGGAACCAAGAAAUACUGUCAAACCUACAGUAAUGUGGAAAGACCUUUUAUCUGUAAAGUACCUGUAACCACUAGAAAUGAACAAGAGCAGGAAACGGCGCAAUUGUGACAAACCUCCUGUUGCAGAAUUUAAAAGGCUUUCACUGGAGGAACCUGAUCCUUUUCGCCUCAAGACAGCGGCCACCUUGGCUGCCCCCCCUCCAAAACGGGGACAGCUUAAGAAGUUGGCUGCUCAGGCUGAACACUUGGUCUUAAGCCAAGGCCGCACACUCAGUCCUUCUGUUUUGUUCGUUGCUAUGCUAUCAAUCCUCGCGUGUCAAGUAAGUACCUGUAGUGCAGAACAAUUCUGGGCUUUCUUUCCUAAUCCUCCUCACUUUCAUCCAGUAACCUGGGAUGAUAAUACUACACAUUUUAUUGUUAAUAAUACUGCUAUUAUGGGGGGUCCAAAAAUCGUAUACUCUGAUUCUCAUACUACUCCAACUAUUAAUUAUAAUUAUACCUACUUGGGAACUUCGCCUUCUAUGCCUAUUUGUUUUUCUAUCCCUACUGUUUGGCCAUACUCCCAAAACUUUCCACAAUGUGUCGGACUCCAAACCACAGGUAUAAUUUUUGACCAUCCACCACCAUCUAAAUUUGAAUCAUCAUCUACGAGAGGUAAGCAAAGUCAAUCGGAAGAGAGGCAUUUACAAAUGGUUCGCCUUAUAGCACCGGGGAUUGAAGCAACUCCGGUAAGAAAGUGGCCUUUCGAUAAUUACUCUCCUUUUUACCUACCUCACCCUCUUGGCCUACCAGACUGCUCUCAAAAGUUUUUUAGACUUAUGCCUAGUGCUCCUUAUUGGGUUUCUUGUUAUUUUAAUUCUACUCGGCCACAAAUUCUGCAAGCCAUGGACGGGAUUACACGCAUUUUUGAUUGGACUAGUCCUGAUCCUUUUGCAGAUUAUAAGCCUUAUUUUAGAAACAAGACAAAUUACAAAGGGUGGGAUCAAACUCUUCUACCCGAUCCAAUAAAUGUAAAUAGAAUUUCUACUUCCGGCUGGGUAGCUCCAGUUUUAACUGCAGUAGUGAAAGGACAAACUUACCUCCAUAAAUAUCUUUGGCAGGCUACGGCCGCUUCACAUCCAAUAACUGCAAGUUAUUUUUCUAAUAAUCAGACUACCUUUGCGAAUUAUUCAGUGACUACUUGUGUGCAGACGCCUUAUGCUUUGCUUGUGUCUCCAACGGCGUACUCCUUAAGCUUUAAAAUGGACCCAAAAACAAAACUUAUAACUACUUCCUGUAAAAGGUGUAUUUUAACUAACUGUAUGCGCCCCGAACUGAAAGCGAAAGCGUUUGUUUUGCUUCGGCAGCCACCUUACAUUAUGGUUCCUGUUAAUGUUACAGACAGUUGGCACGAAAAUUCGGGUUUAGAGGCUCUCCAAAAAUUAGAUUCACUGAUGCGUCCCAAAAGAUUUAUUGCAGCAUUGAUUUUAGGCAUUACAGCGCUUAUUACUAUUGUAACAUCGCUGACAGUUUCGACCAUCGCCCUCGCACAGGAAGUUCAUACAGCACACUUUACUAAUGAACUUUCAAAAAACGUAACUACAGCACUUACCACCCAAGAAAUUAUUGAUCGAAAAUUGGAUGACAAAGUAAAUGUUCUUGAAGAAGCGGUAAUGGCUAUUGGACAAGAAAUAUUAACUUUAAAAAUUCAAUUGUCUUUGCGAUGUCAUUCUGAUUAUAAAUGGAUCUGCGUAACACCCUUACGUGUAAAUGAAUCGGAGCAUAAUUGGGAAAGAGUGCAGAGUCAUAUUCUAGGAGUAUGGAAUCAUUCUGAUCUGGGCAUAGAUUUAAUCUUCUUCAAAGUCCUCGCCCGAAGUCUCCAAAAGCUAACUGCUGAAGUUCAACUGCUUGCUUUAAAAAAUAAAAAAGGGGGAAAUGAAGGAACCAGCCGAAUGAAGUCUCAUUCUGCGCUGCCAUGAGGACAAAGGUCCUCUCUCGAUCAGCCGAAUGAAGUCUCAUUCUGCGCUGCCAUGAGGACAAAGGUCCUCUCUCGGGAAUCACUGCAAGGCAGUGACCCGUCGCCAAACCGCCUGCUGCUAGUUUUGCUUUUACUCUCUAUUCUCCUUUUCACCUAUGGGGAAGCCUGGAAACUGGAGACAUAUGUAAAAUAUUUACUAGAUCCUAAUGAUAGGAUGUGUAUGUGGAGUGAUUGGGGCCCUUAUAUUAAUCAUGGGAUGAGGGGACUUUGCCAGAGGAAAUUGAUAGGGGGUUUUCAAUCACCUUGUAUUGGGUUCAUUUAUAAUCAGAAAUAUUAUUCUGUAAGUCAUCUUACUAGUACUAGAUAUACUGCAUGGAAAGUUCCUUGGAAAUUAGUCAAAGAUAUGUUUAGAUGUUGCCCCUGGCCAAGAUAUUGCAAUGCAUUGUGUCCUAAGUUUAUGACUAAUCCUAAAGGUUGCCAUUGUGAAGUGUACAAUGGAUUAGAAGACAACCUGUACCCUAAUGUGUAUAAAUAAAUUGUAAAACUCUGACUGCGUCAAUAUGAACACAACAACAUUGUAAAGCUUCUUAAAAAAGUUAUCAUGACCCUAAGAACCUGGUGAACUUUACACAAGAAUUGUAAUAAGAUAAAUGACCCUGUUUGUGACAUUGUUAAAGAUUUCUUUUCAUUGUAUCUACCUUAUGUAAACUGAGGAAAUAACCUUUGAGGAACUUUCUGUGAACUUUGUACCUUCCCCUUUCCCUGAAAAUAAUCAUGUUAGACUAUAUAUGUCGGUACACUCAUGCCUGCCUCAUGCCUAUCAUGUAGAAUUAGUUAUCCCCCACCUGUUAAGACUCCGGUCCCCAAGUGAUAAAUAACUCCUUCGCUACCUACAAUAAAGGCUGAUGUGCAGAAA